AUGCCCCACCCCCAAAUAAAUCUCGCGGAUCUACCCGCACUCCCUUUGUCUGAGACCUGGAGGCCACAUACCCACGUUCUCCCACCCGACGGCCAGAUCGGCGACCCAUGCGCGCACUACAAUGAUCCCGAGACAGGGCUUUUCUACGUCGGGUUUCUCCACAAUGGUACCGGUAUUGCCAGUGUCCUGACAAAUGAUCUUGUCUAUUAUUACGAUGUGAGACCUAAUGGCAACUAUUCAAUCGUCGCUGGCGGUCCCAAUGACCCCCUUGCUGUUUUUGAUGGUUCUGUCAUUCCCAGUGGAGUUGACGGAAAACCGACACUUUUAUACACCUCUGUCUCGGCAUUGCCGAUCCACUGGACGCUUCCUUACACCCGAGGAACUGAAUCGCAAUCUCUGGCGGUCACCUAUGACGGGCGAAAGAACUUCACCAAGCUGGAAAUGCCGCCUUUUAUUCCUGAGCCUCCAGCAGGCGUGGAUGUAACGGGUUUCCGCGACCCCUACGUUUUCCAAAAUGGGGAGUUCGAUCGAUCUCUGGACAAUGCCGCAGGUACUUGGUACACAAUCAUCUCAGGUGGCAUUCAUGAUGUCGGACCUGGCAUAUUCCUGUACCAGAACACGAGCCCCGACUUCAAGAUUUGGGUGUAUCUUGGAGAGUGGUUCCACAAGCCUGCCAAUUCAACAUGGGGAAGUCGUGACUGGUCUAAGACUUUUGGAUACAAUUUCGAGACUAGCAACGUCUUCGAUCUCACUAGAGAGGGAUACAGCUACAACGGCAGUGCUUUCAUGACCAUUGCGGCGGAGAGCUCUUAUGAACCCAUCCAGGACUCAGUCUCCUCACUGCACGCCCAGCUUUGGGCAGCAGGUGCAAUUGCAACCCCCGAGGGUGAAAACGUAACAUUCAUCCCUGAUAUGGUUGGUGUCUUCGACUGGGGCUUGGCAUCCUAUGCAGCAGUGGGCAAAGUCCUACCCAAAUCUUCCCAUGCGUCUACCGCCAGUGGUGCCCCAGACCGUUUCAUUAGCUGUAGGAAUUGUGGGCUUCCCGACCGAGCAACAAGGAUGGAAAAACACCUUGUUGACUUCGCGCGAGUUGUGCAUCAAAUCCAUCCCUACGUUGUCAACAACGAUCUUGUGCAGGAGACUGGCUCAUGGCGUGUGGCCGCUAGAUCUGCCUCAACCGAGAAGUGCGUUGAACUCGAGACACUCGGAAUUGACAUUGCGCGUGAGACCUACGGCGCUAUGACUUCUGCCCCUGCCUUCAGGGAACCUGCCCGUACAACUAGCAGUGAAGGUGUCAUUUCAUUCGGUCGCUCCCCCAAAAGCAGGUUCUUCAUUCUCGAGGCUGAGAUCUCCUUUGAUGCAGGCCGCUUCCAGAUUCUGGCAUCCGAGUUUGAGUCGACCACCAUUUACUAUCAGUUCUCUAACAAGUCCAUCAUGAUUGAUCGUUCACAAACAAGUGCCGCUGGAAGCACGACCACUGGUAUUGAUGCGUCACCGGAAUCUGGCCGUCUUCGUCUAUUUGACAUCAACGAAAGUUGUGGCACCCACGGCGGUGAAGAUCACUCAACUAACUGCAAGUCCAACCCUGCGGCGGGAAGCGAUGCCUACACUUCUCAAUCGGGUGGAGUUGACGCAGCGCACAUUGAGACUCUCAGCCUGACCAUGUGGUGGACAACUCUGUCCUUGAGCUUUAUGCCAACUAUCGCUUUAUGCUGUCUACCUGGCCCCUGGUACCAAAAUUCGACCGAGAUUCGCUUCUUCCAAAAUGGGGAGGGUGAAGCAUCUUACAGCAACAUCCGCGUUGCUGAUGGGCUGUAUGAUGCUUACCCGGACAGACUUCAGUGA